AUGGGCUCUCAGCUCUACCCCAUGCGUCUCCCGCAGUACGUCCAUUUCCACCGGACAUUCCGCCAAGUCGACGAGUGGACGUGGAUCAUCGGAGGAAGACUCCUCAUCACGCUCCUUGACUCGCCCAAGGACAGGACCAGCUGGCCCGUUGGUGACGGAGCGGGUUGGUACCACGCCUCUGAGGCGCCGAACCCGCGGCCGCGUUCAAGCCCCAUCCAGGAUCCCAGCAGAUUCAAGCUGCUGCGUUCUUGGCAGGAGGAGGGCGCCAUGUGGGAGAUUGGGCAGUGUGUGCUCAGGGCGGAGCUCAGAGUAGGGAGCCACGACACCAAGGAGGCAGACACGUUGAGAGCCCUCGAGGGACGGGUCCUGAGCCUUCAGGUGCCUGUCGUCUACGCCAGCUUCGAGUUUGACGGGUAUGAAUACAUCAUCCACAGCAAGCUUGAUGGCGUGCCCCUCAACACGGUCUGGAAGGACCUGGAUGCAGACCACAAGAACCGCUGCGUGCUCCAGAUCGCGAGAUUCUGUAGGGAGCUCGCAUCGUGGGAGCGUCGUAGCAUCGAGGGUGUCGGGGGCGUCAACGGUAGCCACAUGCGUGACGGUGGUCUUCUCAUCCACCCCUGGAUAGCGGGCAACACGCCUCAGGCGAUGCUCGAGAACUGCGUGGCCAUGGGCCUGGACUGCUCCAAGCUCGUCUUUGCCCACAACAUUCUGGCUCCUCAGAAUGUAAUUUUCCACUGCGAGCCGGGAGCAAGCGAGGGACGCGUUGUUGGCAUCCAGAACUGGACGUAUGCCGGUUUUGUCCCCGAGGGAAGGAUCAGAGCAUGCGUUGGUCUGUACGAUGACAACCUAGGGGAAGACUGGCAGCGCUUGUUCCAUUUGGCGCUGAGCGCCGAGGGCUUCUCGGUCCCUGAAAUGGGACUGCUCAUGUCUUGGAAGAGGGAGAUGGAACCGGAGAGGAGCGUGUUGAUGAGCCAGUACUGGGCGACGGCGGGGAGGCAGAGGAGGCUGCGGGCAGAGCAGCAUAUUCUCGAUGUCACCAAGCCAAGCGAGAAUCCUGGCGUGCCGCGCUCUUGGGAUGAUAUUCAGCUAGAGGGUUAUCCAGAGCUCCCGUUCUCCGUAUCCCAAAUGAUUAUUAAAUCAUUUUACUAUCCUCAACGAUGA